GAUGUGUGUGUUUAAAUGCUGUUCUCAGAGGUUUCCCAAGGGAGCUCUCUCAUCUUGUAGAGCCUCAGGAAUGGGCCGGGUGGAAAAUCCCAGAGGUUUCUUUUUAGGGGGCCGGUGGCUGUGUGUUGGGGGGAGCAAGGAGGAGAUGAAGAUGUUUUGCAGUUGUGCUGGCAGAGGAUUUGGUCUUAGAAAAUCUAAUCGUGCCAUAGUGCCUUGUCCCAUUCCCUUCCCCCACCCCCUCCUUCUCUCUCCCUCUCUCUUUCAUGUGACUGGGUGUUUCUGGGUUAAUCCAGGAAUCUUUUGGGUUCUCAUUAAAUAGGUUGUCAAGAUGGAGCUACAGCUUCAUUUGCAUUGCAGUGGGGCAGUAUUGCCCUGGUUAGCAGCAGGGCAUGGUAAAGGCACGUUCCCAGCAUGGUGGAUUGCUUGGAAGGAAAGGCACAGAGCUCGUGGGUCCUGCCACUCCUCUCCUUGCAAAGCUGCCUUUGUGCUUCGGCGGGGCAGCUAAGGUGCCCCUCUUAGAGCGCUGUCCUGUUACAUAACAACCUGUUAGCCAGGAGUCUGGAGAGCGUCCUGCGGGUGGAAAGUGGGUGUCUUGGGGAGAAGUUGGGAGUGGGGCUGGCUUCCCCUUUGCAUUUCCCUGCCUGAAAAAAUAUCAAAAGUUUCUGUGUCAUGACGUUUUGUCAUUUCCCUAUAGCUUGCAGUCAGGUGUAAGACCCACAAGAACGGAUGCACUCAGAUGCCUGGAAUCAAUAGCCAUUAUCGGGAUGAAAAAUACAUCAGGGAAGUUGCAAGUGCAUUUUAGUCAUGCCUUAUGGUGCCCCUUGCCUUUUCUGAAAGGAUUCUAUAGACUGGAUUCUUAUCUAUUGGAAAUGGCUGAGCAUAACAACCCUUCUUUCUUCCCUUAGCAGGAAAGAAUUGACACCUCUCACCUCCAGGCUGUAUGCUGCUGUCUUAAAAAAAUUAGCAUUUUGCAGCCUCACUGUUGCAAGAUGAAGAGUAUUUGAUUUAGUGUCUCUGUUAAUUGUGUUGCCUACCAACCCAGAGGAAAGCUGGCAGGUCUACAGCUCUGCCCAAGACAGCGAGGGACGGUGUAUAUGCACAGUGGUGGCUCCCCAACAGACGAUGUGCUCACGUGAUGCCAGGACAAAGCAGCUGAGGCAGCUCUUAGAAAAGGUGCAGAAUAUGUCUCAGUCAAUAGAGGUAUUGGACAGGCGAACUCAAAGAGACUUACAAUAUGUAGAGAAGAUGGAGAACCAGAUGAAGGGGUUGGAAUCGAAAUUCAAGCAAGUGGAAGAGAGUCACAAACAACACCUGGCAAGACAGUUUAAGGCAAUAAAAGCGAAAAUGGAGGAACUUAGGCCUUUGAUACCAGUGUUGGAAGAGUACAAAGCCGAUGCAAAAUUGGUAUUGCAGUUUAAAGAGGAGGUCCAGAAUCUGACGUCAGUUCUAAACGAACUCCAGGAGGAGAUUGGCGCCUAUGACUACGAAGAGCUUCAGAACAGAGUGUCAAAUCUUGAAGAAAGGCUCCGUGCAUGCAUGCAAAAAUUAGCUUGUGGGAAGCUGACAGGAAUAAGUGACCCAGUCACAAUAAAAACCUCUGGAUCAAGGUUUGGAUCAUGGAUGACAGAUCCUUUAGCUCCAGAAGGUGAAAACAAGGUCUGGUACAUGGAUAGCUACCACAACAACCGCUUUGUACGAGAGUACAAAAGCAUGUCGGAUUUCAUGAAUACAGACAAUUUCACCUCUCACCGUCUCCCUCACCCCUGGUCUGGCACCGGCCAAGUGGUCUACAAUGGCUCGAUCUAUUUCAACAAAUACCAAAGCCACAUAAUCAUCAGGUUUGAUUUGAAAACAGAGAGCAUCCUCAAGACUCGCAGCCUGGAUUAUGCUGGCUACAACAACAUGUACCACUACGCCUGGGGUGGCCAUUCUGACAUUGACCUCAUGGUGGAUGAAAAUGGCUUGUGGGCUGUCUAUGCUACCAAUCAAAACGCGGGGAACAUUGUUAUUAGCAAGCUGGAUCCCAACACCCUGCAGAGCCUGCAGACCUGGAACACCAGCUACCCGAAACGCAGCGCCGGCGAGGCCUUUAUCAUCUGCGGUACGCUCUACGUCACCAACGGGUACUCGGGAGGAACCAAGGUGCAUUAUGCUUACCAGACCAACGCCUCCACAUACGAGUACAUUGAUAUCCCAUUCCAAAACAAAUACUCACACAUUUCCAUGUUAGACUACAACCCGAAGGACCGAGCCCUCUACGCUUGGAACAACGGGCAUCAGAUACUUUACAACGUCACCCUCUUCCACGUCAUCAGGUCUGAUGAAUUGUAGUCCACUUUUGUCUAGAAACUAAUUUAAAAAAAAUACUAAUAUCAAGGAAACACACAUUAAAAAACAGCUGCCAAAAUAAAGAACAACUUGACAGAGGAUUAUACAGCAUACACCUGACAUCAGCAUUACCUCUACAUUUCUAGAAGUCCAAGCCUGUGUUCUGUAGACUUAAGAAUAAUCAUAUACUUGCAGCUGGAACUGCACUUAAAGAAACACUGAAGUUUUUGUUUUGCUUUUGGUUCCAAUAGCAAAUCUCCAGUACAUGCAAAAGAAGUAAGGCAAUGACUGUUGGAAAUUAUCACUGGGGAGUCUCUCUCUCUCUCUCUCUCUCUCUCUCUCAUGUGAGUUGCAUGGACAUUUUCCUACAUCACGGUCAGCUAUGAUGGAUGUGUGAUUUGUAUUUCUAAGUGGAAAAGCUGACCCCCUCCAGGGGGUGUUUGGUUAAGGCUAACACUGGUUAGUUUUACUUGCAUUCCAUUGCAGCUACUGUCUCUCAACUGUGGUUUUGUCUCUUAGAUUAACUGUACUGAGACCCAAAGUAGCUCAUGGAUCUGUGUCUUAGUAAUUAUUAAACAUGAUGGUUUAAGUAUGUAUUAUGAACAAGUUGUUGUACCCAUAUUGUUUGAACUUAUGUAUUCAGCAAAUAUACUGUAUCAUGUAUGUCUGUUAUUUACCAGAGGUGGCAAAACUUUGUAUGUCUAGUUUAUGCAAUGAAUGUUGUAAACGCAAUGAUGUAGUUUGGAUUAAUAAAUGAUGGUUUCGUUUCUUAAAAAAA